AUGCUUCUCCAUAUUCUCGUUUUCCAUUCCAGCUUCCAGGGAGUUAUCGCCUAUCUAGACCCCACCGUCUCUUCCGCCUCUUCGGCAUCGUCCCCGUCGGUCCAUCCCAAGGACGCGCGCAUCCCGCCUGACGAUUCACGCCGGGCCCCAGAGUUGCUCUUGUCCUCUCCCUCCUCAGGAGACUCGAGUAGCCCAUCGGACACUGGCUCUCCCUCCCAGCAAUUCUCCCCGAGUAUCACUCUCGACCCCCCGCCCUUGCCGUUCUUCUCGACAAACCGUCGGCCCGUCGAAUCUCUGACUGCCUCUCCCGAGAACACGAGAGCAGAGAGCAGUGUCUACUAUACCACAGCCUGGGGAUCCCCGUAUGCCGCGCCGAGUACCCGUCGCCUCUCUCUGACUCUAAGCCAAUUUGCGGGCAUCGACCACGGAUCCGAGGCCAGCUCCCCCGCCCCUUCGGUCGCAAUCCCAGAGCUUCGUCGAGCAAGCGUCGCAGUCAAUUCAGCCGAUCUUGACGAUCCAGCGGAAGUAGAAGAAGGAGGCAAAUCGAUCCGGGAUUUCACCCAGGAUUGGAUUAAUCAGUAUCUCUCCGGUCAACCGAGAACCGAGCGCAGCAACUGGUUGAGCGACGACUCCGGAAGCGAGGCGCCCUCGUUCUUUACCGCGCAGAAUCACCUUGCGGACGACCUUUCGGACGACUGGCUUGGUCUGGAAGAUAAUAUCCGUGACAACGACCUCCUGAAAACACCGACCCUUUCCGAUUUCGUCGGUCGAAGAGCUGCCGCUCGUGCCAAGGGAAAGAAAACCGUGCACAAGCGCACCGAUACUUUGCGCCAGGAAGACUUUUGGGGAUUUGCAUACGAUAAGGAACCGUCUAAAAACAUAAUGUCGGAUACCAAGGAAUCUCAUCCUCCCGGCGAGGUGAUAUUUGAUGCCGAAUCACCGUCAGAGAAGCCACUGCCGCCUCCCCCGUCAAGUACCAUGGAAGAGGAAACAAAGACUGGAGUCUUGGAGGAGUUAAAACCUGAACCCGUGAAUCGAUCAGCGGCUCAGACUCCCAGGAGAAGAAAGAAGCUGAAUUGGCGCGGGAAAGCAUGCAUCAUUGAGCUACCUACGGACGAUAGACGUGGUACAGAGCAAUCCGGUAUCCACCUUUUGACCCCUGCCGAUGUCGAAGCUCGAAUGAAGAAGUGGGAGGAGGAUGGAUACGAUACCCGCGGUUUCACCAUUGGCGAUGCGGUCGAUGAGUCCCAACCCGCUGUACUUGGUGGCCUCAGCCGUGCCUUGUACCCGGAUCCAGCUGAGCUGUGGGAGGAAACUAGGGGCCAAAAGGCUCAUAUCCAAUUCCCAGACAAGGCUGUGUGGGAUGACUACGUGAAUGAGCUUCAAGAGGCGAAGCUACGAGCUCUAGGUGUCGACUUCGGUCACCCUGAGCCCCAACCCUCUGUUUCGCCAUCAAUCAAUGCUUCUCAAACGCCAUUCCCUGGCCUCGCAUCACCACCUAUCCCAACCGCUUCGGCAGGAGCAACCCUCUCGUCUGCGACUACGAGUGCUGGUAUUGGCUCUUUGGCGUCGCCGGCUUCGCAAUUUAGUGUCCAGACUCCAUUCAUGGGCAUGGACCAGAAUAUGAUGCCCGGUUUCCCCUUCCAAUUCCAGCCUACGCCUCCUGCACACGGUACCAUGACACCUCAGAGCUUGAUCAAUCUCCGCCAGGCAAGCGGAUCCGGUGCCCCAGGAGCGCUCCACAACUUCAACUCGAUCAUGUCCCCCGUGUCGGCGUUUAACGACCAGGGUGGCUUCCAUGGUGGUGGAUUUGAUGGGAAGAAUGAGUUCGAUGCACAAUUUGCGCACAUGGGUCAGGAGCAGGGUCUGCCAUACCAGACUCCCCAAACCCCUGUCAACGCCCCCGAUCACUUCCACGCAUCAAAUGUUGAGAUUGCACACCCCACCCCGCGUGGUCAUGGCCAUAACUUGAGCGAAACUCUACAGAGAGGACUGGAGCAGAUGAACCACAAUAAUUAUCACAUGGAUCAAUCUGCUGAUCAUCAAUUGGAAGAGGAUGACCGCGAUGCUGCUCAUCAUGCACUAAAUGCCAACAUGCUUCAAUCUCGCUGGGGUAUGCCAGAGCAUGAGCAACAUCAGAUGCACGACCAAUCCGGUCAUCCCUCGCACUCUUUCUCCCAACAGCCACACCAGUUCUACCAUGAGCAAUUCGGCCAGGGUAACAACCACCACGAAGGCUCCGACAUCGAUACCAACCCUAGCCUUGCUGGAACCCCCCAUACCCGCGGGGUUCUGCCCGAUCACGGCCCGUGGCAUGAUUCCAAGCCAAGCCACGAGUCGUUUGGCCACCAAUCCAAGCUUUCGGUUUCGUCUCUCAAUGUUGAGGCCAAGGAAUUUGAUCCAACCGCAUCCUUCGGGUCCCAGCCUGCGCCAUUCGUCAACAGCGCGUUCCAGUUUGGUGGUAUGAACCGAGGCUUCGGCUUUACUCCUCCUCCUCCUGCCCCUUUUGCUCCCAAUGGCAUGAUGGACGAUCAUAUCGAGCACAACCCGGCUCCCAAACCAAGUGCAUUCAAGUUCUCUGCGGCAUCUUUCAACGUUGACGCGCCUGUUUUCAACCCCGGUGCCAGUAUCACCUCCAACGCUAGCUCCGAGCAGCCAGCUGCCAAUCGGACAAAGAUCUUCGGCGAUAUCGACCUCAAUGAGAUCUCUAAACCUUCGAAGGAGUCCAAGGCGAUUCCAAUUGUCCGACCGGAUGAAUCUGAAGCUACGAAUGCCGACGGUGAAGUCCAGACCGCUGAUAACGAUGGUGAUCGACCAGUUCCUACCGAUCGUCAUAAGCGUGCUCGUCGCGGAAUCGGUCAUGCUGAAGGUGAAGCCCGCUAUAGCAUUUCCACUCACCCCUUGGGCGAGACUGGUAACGCUCAGGCAUCGACUACGCUUCAUGCCGUUGCCGAGGGCAAGGAGAACGCUUCGCCAGACGAGAAGACCAUUGAACGUAAGGGCACACCCCACAGCGAAGCCGAGACCUGGACUUUGUUCGAUUACAAGACCGAAGGUGCAGCUGCCAGAUCCUACACUGCAUCUCCGAUCCAGGCUGAACACGCCGAGGAGACCGAGGAGAGUGUCAAGCAACCCCAGCGCAAGCGCUCUGCAGACGGUCUUCAGAUUGACUACAAGGCUUCCGCGCAUGGUCCUUCCGAUUCUAAGAGCUCCGUGAAGAGCACCACACUGUCGGCAACGGCCAAGCCUUUCGAGUUCAAGCCGGCUGUUCCCAGUUUCUUCCCUACUACUGUCGAGCCGUCCAGCUUUGCAGAGCCCGAACCCCAACCCGAGCUGCCCCAGCCUGUUGAGAAGAAAAAGCCAACCGGUGGUCUUAUGGCUUCUCGCUUCGCUACUGCUAGCCCACCAAAGGCUCAACAACCAACCCCUGAGCCAGAAAAGACACCUGCCCGUCAAGUGCACAAGGGAUUCCACUCCGAUUCUGGCGAUGAAUCUCUCGACGAUGAUGAGCUGAACGCUGUCAUGGAUCAACUCAAUGACGACUCCGACGUCGGUAUCAUGCGACAGACUACCCCCAUGCCACGCCAGCUGAUUUCAGACUCCGCUCCCACAAAGGAACGCCAGUUCGGUCCUGCAGAGGGCCGAACCGAGGCUCCCAGCCCCAGCCCUGGCGGUGGCCCGAAGACACACAAGCUCGAUAUUCCCAAUAUUGGCUCGGAUGGCGACGCUCAGAGCAACUUCACCUUCUCUCCCCCGAAGAGCAUUGUCUCUCGUCUCCAGUCCCCGGUUCGCCAUCUCAUUACCGAGAAUGACCAUGUCAGUGAUUGGGAUGACAUGAUCUCCUCCGGUGAGGAUGAGAAGUUCUUCAACCGGAACCGCUUCUUCGAUCGCCGCAUUAACGACAUUGUCGGUUCCGCUAUCGAUGAUCGUCUUAGCCCCAUGGAGCGUGCUCUGGCUGUCAUUCAAACUUCUGUGGCUACCAUUGCCUCUGGAUCUGCUAGCAGGAGAGCAAUUCGCAGUGUCUCCGGAGAUGUGGAGGACAGCGAUGCCGACGAUGAAGAUGAUGAUGAGGAGCGCGAAGUCACUGUCCGUGACCGUUCGCCUCACCACAUGCGUGAUCGUAAGCUGGAGAUGCUGAAGAGUGUUGUCACAGAGGCUUUGCUCACCCAUGAACUCCCCCACCGCAACAUCCAGCACUCCAGCCACAGUGAAAUGGCGCUGCUGAAGGAGAGCAUCGCCGAGCUGCAAGCUUUGACUAUCAAGAAGCUGGCCCAAGAUCCGGUCGGUGACAUGCGUGAGAUUCUCGAGGAGACUCUUGCCAGGCAGCUCGCUCAACAGACCCCUCGUCUGUCCGAGGCCGAAGAAAUUGGCGCCGACAGCUUGAUGAUGCAAAUCGAUGGGCUGAAGAGCAUGCUGCGUCUCGCCGAUGACCGCGCCGAGGCUGAGUACAAGGCUCGUCGCGAGGCGUCGGACUCUGUGCUUGAGCUCCAGCGUCUUCUCAAGGUUGCUGAAGAGGAUGCUGCUCAGCACAGCGCUGCCGCCGAGGAUGCCGAGACCCGGUUCCUGCAAUUCAAGGAGGAGAAGAUUCCUCACUUGGAGAAGAUGCAGUUCCGCACCGAGUCUCUCAGCGAAGAGAGCGAGACUCUCAAGGUCACGAUUGCCGAGCUUUCUUCUAAGAAUAUUGCCCUCGAAGGAACUCUGGAUGAGUACCGUGUUUCUAGCGAUCACUUCCGCCGUCAGCUUGAGACCACCAAGGAUGAGAACAAGUCCCUCCAUGAGACUGUUGAUCACUUGAGGACUCGUAUUGAGGAUAGCAUGGUUGCUCGCCAGAACAUUACUGAGAAGUUUGAUCGUCUUCAGCAUGAUAUGGUGACUGUCACAUCCGAUGUUACUACUGAGCAGGCCAACUUCCGCAGAAAGGAGGAAGAGCAACUUGCCAAGUACAAUGAGCUUCGUGCAUCGCACGCUCGGGAGGUUAAGCUGCGUGAACAGCUUGAGCAGGAGGUUGUUGAACUUUCUAAGCAAGAGAGGGAAGCUGCGAAGAUCAAGUUCAUCCACGAGCAAUCGCAACAAGAGAACGUCAAACUUGAGGAGACUGUCGCAGGCCUGCGCGCCGAAAACCACGACCUGCAGAUUAAGGCUGCUCGCUUCGAGCGCGAGUUCAACGAAGCUCGUGAAAGCAGCCGUGUUGAGAUCCAGCGCACACGUACUGCGAUGGAGGCUGAUAUCGAAGCUUCCAAUAGCCAAGUCAACAUUGUCCGAGCUGAACUUGAGGCCCAGGUCAUUCGUCUUCAGAGCCAGCUCGAUGGUGUUCGCAUGGAUGCCGACACCUCCCGUGAGCGCUACGAGAUGCUCUUGGAAGAAGCCAAUGAAGUCAGGGUGACCUCUCUAGCUGCUGCUAAGGAGUCCCGGGAACUUGCACUUGACGACCAGCGCAAGACUCACGAGCGUGUGCUCAACGAUCUUCGCGAACGCCACGCCCGUGCUCUGCACAACUCCUCUGAAGAUCGUGCCCGCGGUGAAGCCCAUAAUACAGACCGACUCGCUCUCUCCAACGACAAAGUCAAGCAUCUCCAAGAGCGCGUCCAGCAUCUCGAAGAGAAACUCGAAAUCGCCCAGUCCGCUGCUCGCCAUGCUGCUGCCGCCGCUAAGGGCAAAGCACCUGCCCCGGGAUCCAAUGAGCCAGAGCGCAUCUCCCCCCAGGCCCUCCGUGAAUCCAUCUUCGUCCUACAAGACCAGCUCCAACAACGCGAGACCCGCAUCGAAGAACUCGAGCAAGAAGUCGCAUCCGUAGACAAAGACGCACCAAACAAGAUCAACGAGAAGGACACUGAAAUCAACUGGCUCCGCGAACUCCUUGGCGUCCGCAUCGACGACCUCACAGACAUAAUCAAAACAGUCUCCCAGCCAAACUUCAACCAACACGCCGUCCGCGACGCCGCAAUCCGCCUAAAAGCCAACCUCCAAAUGCAACAACAAGAGCGCGAACGCGCACUUACAGGAGGCCACUCUUCCCCCCUUUCCCUACCCUCCAUCUCCGACAUUGCCGCUUCUCCCCGCGCCGCCCUUCCCCUCGCCGCAGCCGCGGCUUGGGGUAACUGGCGCAAAUCCCGCGACGCGGCGAAUGGGAAUGGCUCUGCCGAGAACACUCCGUCUAAAUCCAGCAAUGCGGGAAGCUUUCUCUCCGGACUCUUGACUCCGCCCAGUUCGCAUGCGCGAUCCAAUGUUCCGCGUGGCUCUGUCGCUGCUGGAAGACCGGGACAGGGACAGGGACCGGGUCGAUCUACUCCCACCACUUUUGAGACUCGGCCGUUGAGAGGACUCAAUUCUACUCCGCGCCGUGGCUCGACUCGUCAGGAGGUUCAGGCUUCUAUCGCUGAACCGCCCAAGACACCCCCUUUACUUCGUCGCUCGAGUUAUGACCAUGAUGCGGAGCCGGGGAAUUACGAGGAGGGUAGCUUUGCGGAUGAUGUUGAGAGUACGGUUGAUGGGGUUGUUUCUGAUUCACCCAAGGAUGGACCAUUCGGUCCACGAAUUACUUCUGAUGCGGAUGCGUUGGCUGAAAUUGGGGGGCUUGGUGAGGAUGAUGUCGAUGCUGAUGCUGAUGCUGAGGUUUUGGGCCAGGGUGAAUAUGAUGAUGAGGAUGAAGGCGAGGAGACUGAGACUGAGAUUGAUACCGAGGUCGAAAAUGAGAUUCGGGCUCAGGCUCAACCUCAGCCGGAGAUCUGA